GCCAGGACCGGUCCCGGAGCCGUAGCAGGGUGACUGUAUCCGGGUUAGGGAUCGGCGCCUCUCCAGCCUGCGUUAUUAAUAUCCGCCGAGCCGUUGUUAUUGAACGCCAACCCGCCGUCUGUCUUCCUGCUGCUUUCAUGCUUUCUUGUCGAAGUUGACGGCCGAUUUCGCACUUUGAGAACGGGCCAGAUGGAGGGAGGGGAGUGCGGCAGCUUGCCCGAGCAGCCGGGACACUCGCAGAGGGGCAGCGUGUCUUCAUCUGGCCUCCGCGCCCAGGACGUGCUGAUAUACCUGGUCGGGGACAGCGCAGUGCACCUGUGCUUCGAGGGGGUCAGCUACGUCACCGUGCAGGAGCUGGGCCGCAGCGUGCGGGAGACGCUGCACAUCCCGGACUCCGCGCAGGACGCCUUCGCCUUCUGGCUCUGCUCCCCGCUGCUAGAGCUGCAGCUGAAGCCCAAACACCAGCCAUACAAGCUGUGCCGCCAGUGGCAGGACCUGCUGUACCGCUUCACCGAGGCCUCGGAGGAGGACAUCUCACACGAUGAGCCGUUUCUGCAGUACAGAAGAAACGUGUUUUUCCCCCGAGCCAAAGAGCUCCAGAUAGAAGAGGAGGCCGUACUGAGGCUCCUGUAUGAGGAGGCGAAGGACAAUGUCCUGGGGGGCCGGUACCCCUGCGACCCCGAGCACUGGUUGAGGCUGGGGGCCCUCUCCUGUGCCCUGGAGCUGGAGCCGGGCCUGGACGCCGCCAAAGCCUCGGCUGCCGUACGGGAGAAGAAGCUCUCAUCCUUUCUGCCAGCCCACGUGGCAGGAGGCAGCGGGGGGCUUCUGUCGACUCUGAGGGGCAGAGGGGGCCGCCAUUCGGGCCUGGAGCUGCAGCUGCUGGAGGAGUACGCCGCCGUUAGCCACGGUGCCGAGGACGGCAGCCCGCAGGAGCCUACUCAUUACCUGCGGAAGUACCUCAGCACCUGUCACGCUUUGCCUUACUAUGGGUGUGCUUUCUUCGCGGGAGAAAUCGACAAGCCGGCCCAGGGCAUCCUGCAUCGGGGGGGUCGCAAGGCUGUCAGCGUGGGCAUCAGCCUGGAGGGGGUGUACAUCAUGGAUGUGAAAGAGAAGCACAUUCUCCUGGGCCUGCGCUUCAGCGAGCUGUCCUGGGACCACAGUUACCCCGAAGGGGAGGGCGACUCGCACAUACUGUGGCUCGAGUUUGACGGGGAAGAGGCAGGAACCCCUGUCAACAGGCUGCUGAAGAUCUACUCUAAACAGGCGGAGCUAAUGAGCGGCCUGAUCGAGUUCUGCGUGGAGCUGCGGGCCAUCGCGGAGGGGAUAGCGACAGGCUCAGAUGGCGACCUCGGGCCCCCCCAGGCACAGGCGGGCGCGGCGGGGGCUACUGGCAGGCCGAGGGGGGGCCAGCGCGGGAAGCUGCGCAGGCAGAGCAGCGUGGUGUGCAACCGUGUACACACCCUCAGCACCAUUAGCUACGUGGAUGAUGGCAAGGAGAUUAAGCGCCUGAAGCCAAAGAGAGCAGCGUCCUUCUUCAACCGUCAGGCAGCCGCUCCCGCCUACUCUGCCGUCCAGGUGACGGAGAGCCUGGAGCAGGGGUGAGCCCUGAGCUACCGCCCCCUGCUGCCCAGAGACCAAAACUGAACCUUCACACUGAAAAAAAAAAAAAAACUGGAGCACGUGACAAGUGAUUGAGGAGGACCAAACUAAGGACCAAGUUGGGCGACAAUAACAAGCUGCAAGCAUAUACGUUAAAUCUCUGUAGUUUGUAUUAAAUUUAACUUAUUUCACUCGCAGAGUAUCGUAAUAAGGUAGAUGUUUGAACUCUGUUAACGAAACAGAAGGCAGUUGAGUAUUGAUUUUUAGUCACGUGAUCAGUUUAAUUUCUAUUGAUUUUUCACCCAGAUCGGUGAUCAGCAUACUGUGAAGGAAAAAAAAAUCUUGAUAAUCAGAAGUACCCUUAUAUUCUGAUAUUUAUGGGCUGCGUUUCUCUCAGAAGGCGGCAGUACUUCGAUCUAUCUAACUCUGUGCCAGCAGCCCUGUGCUCCAUCUCUGUUGUUCUGCUCUGUACAAACUAAAAUCUCCUUUUCCCUCUUUCUGAGGAAGCUUUUGCUUUGUUAGGACAGAUUUUGUAUAUUGAAACUGUCCACUCGGAGUGCUGGGAGACAUUUCAGCACGAGCUACGCGGCGUCCUGCACAUGGUACGACCAGAUAGCGCCUGUCUGCCAUUUGCGUAGAGCUUAGGUUUUGUGUGGAAAGGUCAAAUAAAAGGUUCACGGCAGAUAAAACAGGAAAAGAAAGAUAACAUCGUCAGUCAGACACGGGUUCAGAGUAACACGGACUUUGAUCCCUGUGUUUCCGUAUAACGCACCAUUAGCUGUAGGGAACCUUAGCAAAUUCAGUGUAUGCUUCAGAAAGCUAAAUCACGUUACGAAACAUAGACAUGUACAUGUCCAAAAACAUUCCUUCAGACAGAAGAAAUAACGUUUACUAAUAGGAUGUUUCAGUAACACAAUCCAGUACUUAUGCAAUAUCAUGUAUGCAAUACGAACACCAAAUGACUCUCCACACACGAUCUAUGCAUGACGUAGCCUCCGAGCUGCUGUACGUAAGCGUUUCUCUGAUUGCCUGCGUGUUCUCUAUUGUUAUGCCCCCUGUAGAAUUAUAAGCAAGACAGACUGAGAGAGGACACUUUAAUAUUGCACUUAUUUAUAUAUGUCUGCUGUAAUUGUCAGAUAAUGGAAGUUACCAAAUCACCAUUAAUAUUGUUUUUGUUAUUGUCACGGUCAGCCUAAACAGCGAUGGCGCGAGAUCACCUCUGUGCGCUCAUACUUUUGUGAUCUAACUGGCCUUCGCCGUCAUUUUGGAAACGAGACAAACGUAAAGUGCCUUUUUAUAUUUGCAAUCGCGUGGUAACUACCGGGCAUCAAGUCCUCGUGUUUGUCCGUUUGCGUUGAAAAAUGUGAGUGCUGUAUCCCGUCUGAUGGAGAUGGUCUGUUACAUUAAGAUUGGCAGUGAUUGCUAGUAAUACCCUCGAUUCAGUGACACUGCACAGUGACGCCCUCAUGUGGUACCCACGAUAACUGCAGUGAUUGUCAUUAUCAGAGGGACUCGACUCUAUGAUCUAUUUCAUUUUUUCGUACUGUUUUUUUAACACAGACUACCAAACUUUACUAACUACGAUUAUCCAAAAGCAUUAGUAAACACUUCUACUGUAUACUCUCACUUUAUACAUUUUUUUGACUAAAGUAAAUAGUGUCCAUUAAUAGAUUUUUAUAUUAUUUGUGGUAAAUGUGCUCAUGAUGUAUUCACGAUAAAUAAAAUAUAUGCAUAAAUACA